AUGUCUACCAAUGGCGCUGGGUCCGCGAUCGCGACAGGGUCAGAUGAUGGCGAGGCCCGAGGCCCCGCGAAUACAAGGGUCAUCAUUGGCAAUCUGAAAAGGGACGUGGACAAGGAAGCCCUCAAGGCACUUCUAUGCCAGCUCGGACACGUUACUAAUUUUCGCCUUCAGCAGCCACCAGGGAUCGAUCCUGCUUCCCCGGCUACGGGCGUCGUCGAAUACGCUUCGGCCGAAGAUGCAAGUAGGGUGGUCGCUCAUGUUCACGGGAAACUGAUACUCGGCCGGCCAGUCACAGCCUGGGUCGCAGCACCAGGCUCUACCGCGCCGCCACUCCCGCAGGGUGGUCCCCCGUCUACGAGCGCUGCCAGCGCCACCUCGACUGCAGGUCCAGGGCCAGCCCGCGCCGCUUAUCACAGUGAAAUGGAUCACAGGCAUGUUAACCCCAACCCCAACAAGAACGGAGGGAGGUACCCCCCAGCAGUGGGUCACAACCCCAAUAGCCAUGAGGACGCGCGUUGGGAGCGCCCCCCGCCUCCCCAGCAAGGGCAGCCGGUGGUUAAGCGCGCUCCGCCACCUCCUCAGGACACGUACGGUGAUGGUCUCUCUCACAACCAGCGGCAACAGCAACAACACCAAUCGUGGCAUUCCGGGCGUCCGAUGCCACAGCAGAGCGGGGCCAAUGUUCCCAUAGCUCCGAGGUACGGAGGUGAAGGUGGUUCUGCCCACUAUGCGGAGCGGCACUGGCAAGACCAGCGACACGGGCACAGCGAAGCAGACGAGUCUGCUGCAUGGGAGCGCCCCGAUAGGAACCAAUUCCCGGCCGCGCAACGAGCGCCGAUGCGCCAGCAGCCCCCUCCGUCGUUCCAUCGUCCCACCGGUCCGCAGACGUCAGAAUGGUACGACGACGCGGAUUCUCAAGUCGCUCAUGGCAAUUCUGCUUACGAUGACGGUGGUCAACGGCGUGGGCCUCGGGGCCGAGCCAUGAUGCCUCGUAGGGCUUCAGCGGGCUCCGUUGGCGUCCCACCGCGCAGCAGCGAUGACGGGUACGGUGAUGACGACGUACCCGCUGGGGCCAUGCGCAGGCUUCCUCCGCCCAAUAGUGCACCUCAUGGCGUGCCGCUUUCCGGUCGCGCAGCUGCCUGGACGGAUGACGCGCAGUACACAAUGCCGCCGCCAAUAUCUAUCAAGGGAGAGGACUUCGAGAAAGAAGUUGUCAAAGCAGCGGCGCUUCUUGUGGCGGAACGAGAGAUGGCUCGAGAAGAGGCGAGGAAGCAGGGCAAGCAAAACUGGUCAGGCGCCGAUCCCACCCCGGGGUACGAAGGCCCAAGAAAGAGCAAGAAAGCGCGCAGCGGUAGCCGUUCCAUGGGAGAAGAGACCGACGAGCGCAAGAAGCGUGAACCAAGCAGUCGAAAGGACGAAAAUGAUGGCGACCAUCGACCAAAGAGCAAGAAGACGCGCCGCGACAGCAGCGGCGACAGGCAUGGCUCCGUCGGGAAGCGCGCAGACGAGCGCAAGGGCAAGGCGAGGACUCGAGAAGAAAGCAAAGGAGGGCCGCAGGGUGAUGAUCGAGACAGGAAGCGUGAGGAUAGCAGCAGAACAUCGCAUAAGGAUAAACACAGAGACUCGCGAAGCGGCAGCCGCACCCGCCGCAGCAGCAGCAGGGCGAGGGACAACGAUCCUGAUUCAUCGAAAUCCUCACCCAAGCAGGGCUCCUCUUCUUGGGAUCGCAAGGGCUUCAACAGCAGUCCUUGGGAAAACCAGCACCAAGCGACGGGUGGUUUCUACGUGCACGUUGGGGGGCUAUCAUUCUCAACGACAUUUACCACGCUAGCCAAGCGUUUUGCGGCCUUCGGCGAUGUCAACGGAUUCAAGGUGAUUUUCAACAAAGUCAGCUGCAGCGCGGAAGAAACUAGCAAACGGAAAGGCUCCAAAGAGGAGGUGACCAAGGCCGCUGUGGUCACAGCGAGCUCCGGCUUCGCCUUUAUCAGCUUCGACAAGGAACGGGGCAUGGAGAAGGCGGUCGAGUGCAUGGAUGGCCAGAAGUUAGACGGAAAUAUUCUCAAGGUGACCCGCGGCGGGCGCUUGCAAGGAAGGCCGCACAGUGGUGGGAGAGCUUUCCGUGCACAGGCGGAACCAACGCCUCCCAAUCAGGGCCCGCCCCGUCGAUGGCAAGAAUCCAAGGGAAAUCACCACAAACACGAGCACGAGGAGGAAUACCGUCCAAAUCAGGCACGUCACACUAACCCCAGACCGGAGCCGCAGGGAAGCUACACUAAACCCAGACCGGAACAGCAAGGAUACCACACUAAACCCAGGCCGGAGCAGCAAGGAUACAACACUAUGCCGAGACCAGAAAAGCAGGGAUACUACACAAAGCCCAAGCUGCAGCAGGAGGGAUACCAUACCAAACCCCGGCACGGGAGAGGAGACCGCCGCUCGGUAGAGCUCAUUGAGGCGAUCAAGGAAUCCGGUGGUAGGAGUGGCCGCGGUAAACAUGCCGAUGACAAAGAUCGCGGCGCCACCGACGAUCCCCUCGGCGCCCUUCGCUGUCCUCGGCCUUCUGCCACUUCGCGGAAGGAGGCAAGUGCCUCGGUCAAGCCGGCGGAGGUAAACGGCCGCGUUAAAAUUGGAUACGGCGGGAAAUCCACCAGUCUCGACACCACUGGUGGUAACGGCGACAGCAGCUUCAGGAAAGUCAACGAGCCGAGGAAAAAUGCCCGGCCAUCCAACACCGGCAGCUCUGACACGCGGCGAAUCACUGACCGCCUAGGUUCGAAGACAUCAUUUGGACGUUCGUAGAUCCACAUGGCGUAUCAGGUCCACGUCAUCAAGUCUACCCGCGAACGCCAAGGUGGACGAAGCACCAUGGUGUUAAUCCGACGAACCCCGAGCCGAGAAGCUUCAGUUUUAUGUGCUGCGGUUUCGUUCCGGUGGUGGGUUUGAGGCGUUGGAAAGGCCCCCAUGGCGUCAAUGCAAAAAGCUUCCUCGGAGUGUACUAGCGAGUGACCGUGAGAACCCAAGCCGCGCUGUCAGGCUUCGCUCGGGCAACAGCAAUAUCCAGGCGCCCAUCACUUUGUGCUUUGCCGUGAUGCGGCUUUCUCGGUGCUGUUUCACCUUGAGCGUCAAGUCUCAACAGACGUAUGCAGAGUCUGCAGGAGGGGGGCGCUUACACGGUGUAUGGUCCUCAUGUCAACUCCUCAUGACCUUUGGAAGUCGUCACCAUUAGUAACUACAUUUUCGUGUAGAUAAUAGCUGGCAAUCAAAGAACUUUUGGUUGAACCUCACCGGUCGGUCGGCUCGAGUCAUCAUAUUCGAGAGCGGUUCAGCGUGGUGAGUUGGGAACUCUGCAUGUGCAGCAACAGAUACACGUUUCUCUGUUUUCCGGGAAACGCUCCGGAUGCGAUCGCUGACUCGGUGUCCUGCUGGGUACACAGCCCAGCACACCUUUGUGAGCAUCGUUCUUGUGGCCCAAGCCUAUGUUUGUCGGCAGGUUUAGUACAGU